UAAGAAACCUGCCAUCGUUCAGCUCCAGCUCCCCCAAGUCAGUCUGGACUCUGGAGUCCGGGUUCUCCUGUCUCCACCAAGUCCCAACUCCAGUCCACCAUGCCUUCUUGAUCGCGAGCACCGCAGGCACACCAACCCGGAUUCCCCUCGCGACUUCAAUCUCCGCCGCCAUGCUGGCCUCGGCAAGGGGGUUCUGGGCGCGGCAUCGCCGGAAGAUCCUCGUCACUCUGGGCGUCGCUGGGUUGGGGUACGCCGCCUACCGCUUCUACGAUAGGCGCCGCGCCCAGCUCGUGCGGGUCGAGCAGCUGCGCGCCAUGGAGGAGCGGGCCGCCGCCGACCUCGUUAAGAACCAGCUCCAGACACACUUUGAGAAGGUGAAGAUGAUCUGCGACACUACCACAUUGCCUUUGGCCAUGCAUCAUCUCAGUGAUAAGAUAAUGAGUCAACUGGAUAUUUCAAAAUUGAUUGACAAGCUACGGCAAGGGAAGGUAGACUCAAGCGCACUGACACCAAAUGAGAAGUAUGAUACUUGGGAGGAGAUUAAGAUUAAGAGUUUCACAAAGACAGUUUCUUCAAUGUGGGCAAUGACAUUGCUUAGCUUGUAUGUUAGAGUUCAGGUCACCAUAUUAGGCAGGCAUCUCUACUUGGAUUUUGCCCGGGAUACCACUGAUGCACAGUUACAGGCAGAAUCUGACACCUUUAGUGAAAAUGGACACAAGAGCUUCCUUGCAAUGGCUGAUUAUCUGGUCACUGACAAAAUCACUGCAUUCAUAAUGCAAAUGCAGCGUGCAGCAACAGAAGUCCUAAAAGAGAAGCCACUGAAGGACCGUAUGAACAUGGACCAAGUAUUGCAAACAGUAAUACAAAUAUUGGACACGUUCAUGGAUCUUUGUGAAGCUAACUCAUGGAUAAAUUAUCUUGUACCUGAGAAUCCCCCUGUUUAUGCACAGUUGAUGGCUGUGUCCAGUAGUGGCUUUGAUGAUUCAUCACUCCUAAAUGAUUUCAGAAAGCUAGACCAACUAAUGUCUGAGACACGAAUAGUACUGGCAAGUGAUGAUUUCAGAAAUAUCAUGGAGAGGUCAUUGAGGAAGAUAGCAGAAGUGGUGGUAGGGGACCUGGCUGUGCAGACAACUCUAGGAUCAGGAUUACCCUUAGCAACUCUCUUGCCCAAAGUUGGUCAUCUGAGUUCCCCAUUGCUUGAGGAGCCAAACAAUAACAAAUACAUCCAGAUCAUCAGAAGUAUGCCUGAAGUGGAACUCUUCUACACAUUCCUGUACGCAAACAUGCCACCAGAAACAUGAUCUGUACAUUGAUGCGAAAAGAACACUUGCUUCUGAAUUUUGGCUCCAAAGAUCUGGUGGUACAUGUGGAUGAUGUUCAACCGUCUGAAAUCAGGAAACCAACAAACGCAGACAGACUGGAUUUCUGCCCUUGUAUAUACUGAGAUAUUCCGUUGUUGCUAGCAGGAACCGAGUAAAGCUCCUUCCAUUUCGAUUCUUUCUUUCUUUGAAGUUUCGGUUGUGCACGUUUAGAUAGUCACACGCACUGGGGCUGCUAUUUCGCUAUAUUUUUGAUCGAUGACAGAUGUUCCAGAAGUUUUACUUGCCACAAGUGGCUAAUGUAUACAUUGCAAGUCUGUUGAAUCCUGUGUUGGGUGAAUGAAUAUUCGAGCCCACAGUUUGCGAUCCUGCAGGCAUAUGAUUGCUUGUGUAGUUUUGCUUUAGGAAGAACUGGAUUGCCUGAAUGUUUGAAACAGCUGAGUUUCUUGCAUUAUGUAAUUUUCUUCGUGACGCUUGAAAACUUUUGUCAUUUUUUCUUGCUGUUCGGUAAUGAAAUUCAGUUCGACCGAGUA